UCACUUCCCCAUUUGCUGCUGCCUCCGUCCACGGGUGAAGAUGCCGCUGGAGUUCGAGCUCUGCCCCGGGCGCCCCAUCGGCGGUCCCCACCCCUGCUUCAUCAUCGCCGAGAUCGGCCAGAACCACCAGGGCGACAUAGAGAUCGCCAAGAAGAUGAUCCGCAUGGCCAAGGAAUGCGGGGCAGAUUGUGCUAAGUUCCAAAAGAGUGAGCUGGAGUACAAAUUUAACAAGGCAGCUUUGGAGAGACCUUACACAUCCCAGCACUCCUGGGGUGCCACGUAUGGUGAUCAUAAACGCUACCUGGAGUUCAGUCAUGAACAAUAUAGGGAGCUGUCAAAGUUUGCACAAGAAAUUGGUAUCUUUUUCACAGCGUCUGGCAUGGAUGAGAUGGCAGUAGAAUUUCUUCAUGAACUGAAUGUGCCUUUCUUAAAAGUUGCCUCUUUGGACACCAAUAAUUUUCCAUAUUUGGAGAAAGCUGCUAAGAAAGGGUGUCCAAUGGUCAUCUCCAGUGGGAUGCAAAGCAUGGAAAUAAUGAGGAAAGUUUACCAAACCAUGAAGACCACCAGCACCAAGUUCUGCUUCCUCCAGUGCACCAGUGCCUAUCCGCUGGAACCUGAAGAUGUUAACCUGCGUGUUAUCACAGAAUACCAAAAAGAGUUUCCAGACAUUCCUAUUGGAUACUCAGGGCAUGAGACUGGAAUAGCUAUAAGCAUAGCAGCAGUUGCUAUGGGAGCCAAAGUCCUGGAGCGUCAUGUGACCCUGGACAAAACCUUGAAGGGUAAUGACCACCAGGCUUCCCUGGAGCCAGAUGAGCUGCGAGAACUGGUCCGCUCGAUCCGCACGGUGGAGAAGGCGUUUGGCUCUCCCCUCAAACAGUUUUUGCCUUGUGAGACGGUCUGCCAUAGCAAGCUGGGGAAGUCGGUUGUAGCCAAGGUGAAUAUUCCAGCAGGAACAGUCCUGACCAUGGACAUGAUGACUGUAAAGGUCGCAGUCCCGAAAGGUGUUGAACCAAGCGACAUCUUUAACCUGGUGGGAAAGAAAGUCACAGCAAACAUAGGAGCAGAUGAAACAAUCACUGAGGACGUGAUCGGAAAGCACAACUCUUAAAAUUACACAGAGUCAAUGCCUAAAUUAAGCCAAUUAGAGCUUUAUUAAUGCCAAGUCUGGUUGUGGGGUUAUUAAUUAAUUAACAAUUUAUUAUGGAAUAAUCAAUGAAAUAAAAUGAUUUGCUGCAUCAAA